AGCCGCCAUUUUCAUUAUCCGAAGCUCGGCCUGAAGAUUGAAAAGCUUUUAGUCACAAUCUGAAGGACCUUUUUUGAUAACUUAAUACAUAAUAUUUUCAAUUAAUGGUGAAACCAAGUUGCACACAGUCUUCAACAUCACCUACGGAGCAUGUCUUGGAGACUAGUAGUUCAAAGUACAAGGGUGUAAGGAAGAGGAAAUGGGGGAAAUGGGUGUCCGAAAUUCGACUUCCCAACAGCCGUGAGCGUAUUUGGUUAGGGUCUUACGACUCGGCGGAGAAAGCAGCCAGGGCGUUUGAUGCGGCUCUUUAUUGUUUACGUGGCCGUGAUGCUAAGUUCAAUUUCCCUGAAAAUCCACCAGAGAUUGUUGGAGGGAGGUCGCUUGGCCCUCAAGAAAUUCAAGUGGCAGCGGCUAGGUUUGCUAACGAGGUGGAAGCUGGUAGGACUCCAGGGAAUGACAACGAUUCUAAUAUUAUUACUUCAAAUGAACCUCAUUCACGUAACAACAACAAUGCGGGGACAGAACAGCACACGUCGUCUUCGUCGGUAUCAGUGUCAGAUGGGGGAGUGGCAACACAAGUGGAGAUUCAUGAAAUAAUGGACUGGUCGUCGUUCUUGAGCAUGUUGGACACCAAUCAACGGAUAUCCGAUUAUGGCUUUUAUUCAGGGUUCAGUCACUUGCCUGGUGAUCAGUUCUAUCCUCCACCAUUAUCUCCACCUCCUAUUGAUGAUAACGUGGAUGAUAAUCAAAACGGUGACGACGGUUUUUCACAGUCAUCGUUUCUUUGGAAUUUCUAAGCCAAUAUCUCAAUUAGAGUACUGAAAGUAAUAGUCUUUUCUUUUUCUCUUAUAUAUAGAAGUAGCUGGAUAAUCAGGAGUUUGGCGAAUUUUAGCUGUCAGGGUCACUGAUUUUUUUCCCAGCUGCGGGUGAGAGUUGAAUAUUGAAAUUUCGUCAGGGGGAAGGGUCCAGGUUUUUUUUUUGUGAAGUCUUCCUGUAUAGUCAGAAACCAUUAAAUCUUGGGAUAUAUACAAUCUCAGCAAUUGAAAUAAUUCCAUAAUUAAUUAAAAAUACAUGAACAAAGGGUCCUUUUUCUUUCUGUCUUUUUUUUUUUUUCUAAUUCUAGAUACAAGAAAAUAUUACCUUAACAAAAAGGACAAGACGUCUUUCAGGAAAUUAAGGUUGGAUCAUCAGAUAAAAAUAUUGAACCUAUAUUUCAGAUUUGGCAUGCAUUAGCGAAUUUUCAGGCUGGGAUAUUGACAUUUGGAGUUGCUAUUGCCUUUCCUUUUUCUUUUCCUCACAUGGCAGCAUUUGUGCAAUACGGGCAGACAGCUGCCAGUUGCCCACCUAUUUUCGGUUUGGCUCACUAAAUUCAACUCAAACUUGAAACAAAAUUUGACUUGCUAGCCUAGCCAGAUGAUCGUUACAUGAAGAAUUUUUUUUGGUUUAUGCAUGAUUUUUGUACAGUCUGAGCUCUGAGGUCACUCUCUCUGAUUGGAAAAUGCUUCUAAAAAUAUUAUGCUAUACUCAUCCUUGGACAGUGACACUAAAUACGGUUAUAUAUUACAUUAUAGAAAUUUUUCUUUUUUAAAUGUGCAUAUCUAGAGCAAUGAUAAUUUAUAUCGCGAUG